AUGGCUACACCAGGGCCCACACUGCAUUUAAAGUGCGGCCAUCUGUAUCCUUCUGGAUCGUCAUCGGAAGUCGACAUGGAGAGUCUCUUGCAAACCAAGUCGUUCUGUUCCGUUUGCACCAACGAAUUGAGCUUACAACACAAGGCCUUCAGAAGUUUCACCUAUCAAUUGGCUAUAACUUUGAAAGCAAGUGAAUACGAGCAGUUUGACGCCGCUGAGCUCUACGACAUUGCUCGGGAUGAGCUGUUCAAGAGUUUCAGGCAAGAUUCUCAGGAGGCUGCAGCUGAAGAUGGCGGCGUCACAUCGAGCACUGAAGCGCUUGACACUUUGAAGCUCAGAAUGGGACUUGUGACCAAGUUGAGGGAAAGACUCCUGAAGGAGGUCCAGGACGUUUACGGCCAGAAUUUGGCUCCACGCGGUCAUGGCAAGCUUCGCGUCUUCGUUCGCCUAGUGUACCUGAUCUUCGACGCUUUCCUGCACAGGAUCCUCUCUAAGGAUACUUGGCUCUCAGACGAAAAUGCAAUGAUGGGAGUCAUCGAUGGGCAUAUGCAUAGAAUGGUCACGCACGCAAAUGUGAAUGUAAUCGAUGAGGACCACUGGGAUGAAAUUGGCCAGAGGUUUGUGUUCUGGGUGGAUGACAUGAUGGACUAA